AUGCCUGACAAAUUUGGCAAGGAAGCUCUUGAAGCACACAACAGAUAUAGAUCUCUACACCAGGCCCCGCAACUAAAGUGGUCAAGAUCGUUGGAAAAGGACGCAGAGAGCUGGGCCAAACAACUGGCCAAGGAUGGCCGUCUGAGACAAGGGGACACUAGCGAUGGGGAAAGUAUAUAUGCUGUGACAGGAAAGAGCGAAGUCAAUGGUGGUGAGGUCGUGGAUCGCUGGUAUGCAGAAGUCGACAAGUAAGACGAUACUUUUAGUAGUUUGAAAGUUAUAAUGUACCAACAAAUUUAGGUUUACUUUACCGGUUGCAGCUUGCGAUAGUUGCUUUCUUAUCCAACGUUUUGCUUCCACCCCUUCCUUAUGGGCGUGAUGAGGCGAUUGUGACGGCUAGUUUCGGGCUAGUUGUGGCGGAUUGUAAGGAGCAAAGAGGCUGUUAGUGAUUGGUGCAAUUACUUUUGAUUUGUGAAUUUCGCUGAGACUUUGUCUUGCCAAGGUUAAUUAGGUCCUUUUCUCUCCUAAUACAUAGCCCUUAUGGAUGUUUACGUUGUACGCAAAUUUCACCAACAAAAACUGUUUCUAAGCAAAAUUAUACUUGCAUUUGUGCUCUUUUCGUGCAUGGCUUUUCUCACUUUCAAUUCUAUUACAAAUGAACGCAAAGUGAAAUUUGCUUAUCCAUUACGUAAACAUGGGUAAGGGCUAAUUGGUCUUGUCUAUCCUCUAAUUCAUACCGAAGAAAGUUCAGUCAUGUGCCGCAUCGUAGCCCUAAUGAUGAUGGUAAUGUCUAAGAAUGACACCAAUAUAAUGACUCACAGCUGAUUUUCUUUUUAACAAACAGCUAUGAUUUUAGAAAUCCAGGAUUUAAAAGCGGGACAGGUCACUUUACACAGAUCGUUUGGCAAGAAACAAAGGAGCUAGGAAUGGCAAAAGUUAAAAGUUCCGAUGGGAAAAUCAUUGUCGUGGCAAGAUAUCGCCCACCGGGAAACGUCAUCAAUCAUUUUCAAGAAAACGUUAACCCCAAGGUAAACUCAGUCUUGUCUUUCCGUUCUGAUUCUUUCUACUGGCAGUGUAGAGACAUUGUCAAAAGAUCAACGACAGCUAUCUUGGGAAGGAGUUCCUGCUGCUUAGUUCUUCAAUGAAAUUCAUUAUCAGCUAGUGAAUUUAAUUCACAGUGUCACCAUCUCAAGAAGUUGAAAUCAGCAUUGCAGUCGCUAGGGGGGCUGCAAGUACCACUAUGCCGUGCUUUUACCUGAUUAAUCCUUCUUUCAAAAUUACUAGUCAUUAGGUUUAUCUUUAUUAUAAUCGAUGUUUAAAAUCGUGAUUUCAAUCAAUCCGCAUUUUGUAUCCCAAGACGGCGCGAUAGAUGAAGAACAAAAAAGUAAAAUAUCUGAUUGCCUGACUAAGUAAGCAACGACCCAGAGAAAAUAGCUCGUUUCGGAAAAAGAACUUAACUGUAAACGCAAUUCACCCUCACUGUUACACCAAUUUUAAGUCUAUUUAAUUCGUCCUUCUUUUUUCAUAAGCUCGGGGCUUCCAAGAGUUACAGUGCUGUGGAGAGAAGUACGAGAGACGAUACCCGAUUUGGGCCAAAAAGAGACAUAUUCGACCGAGAUGAUGAUAGAAGAUCAUCUCCGUAUCGAAACGAAGCGGAGCCUCGGAGAAACUUCUUUAGCCGAGAUGACGACAGAAGAUCGUCCCCCAAUCGAAAUGAAACUGAAACUCGAAGAGAGUUCUUUCGUCGAGAUGAUGGUGGAAGGCCAUCACGUCAGGAAACAACUGAAACAGUAAGUAUAUUUGAUAUACAGCUCUAUGAACAGUGAAAACCAGGAAAAGGAAGAUAAUAUUUUUUCCUUCCGGACUACAGCGUCAAGCCUUGCAAUGAAGAAUAGUAAACUUAAUUAGGAUCUUUAUUGGAAAAAUCCUUUGAAUCUCAAUAUCUCAGUUUCAUUGCGUUCGUCCCCUGAAACAUUGAGAUUCGAGGGAAAUAGGUGGUUUUCACGUUUUGCAAUAGGGAAUGAAACGUUUUAAUAAUGAAAAAAUACAAAUGAAGACUUGUAACGGGUAGCCAUGCUAACUGAGGGAGUUUGCUGGUAAGGGUUAGUGGGUAGUAAUUCGUUUUGAGAGUUACAAUUUCAAUUAUGUUAUUUAUUAUAAAAUCAUGUUAUGUUAGUUUAGUUUGUUAUAAGCCUUUAAGAGAAUUUCUAUUAGUAAAACUGGCUUAAGCAACUAAUUAAUUAACCGUCUCCUCUAAUUUGUGCACAUUGUACUUAAUUACGACCAUGACUUUAAUUUAGGUGACUUAUGACCGUGACGGUGGCAAGAGAACGGUGACGAGAACUAUUAUAACAUCAGGAGAUGGAGGAGGAAGAGGUAUGUAGCAGCAUUAAGAUAUAUGUGGUCCAGUGCCAGGUAUGUACACUACCCUGAUUUCCCUAUAGAGUGUUUUGACAUGACGUCAGGCGUCCGCCAUAUUGGUGUCUUGAGACAAAGAAAUGGCGGCCUGUUAGUGCCCCAAACGAAUUCCGUGGGACUUGAAUCCUUCUUAGGUAAACUUCUUUAUUUUUCCAUGAAUGAACUUGUAUAGCUGCUGACCGCGUGAGUGAAAAGGCUCUAUUGACUUGCAAUGGGCCGUUUCCGAGUUGCCUCAAGUCUCUGUUUUAAAGCGAGGCUAAGUGCGAAGCCAUUGAUUUUCUCAACAAGGGUUUUGCACUUAGCCUAGGGAGAGUUUAUGCGACUAGGAUAUAGCCUAUUCAACAAAAACAACAUUACUUCAAUUUUAUUUCCAUUUCACUCAUGUUAGUACUAGUAUAUAAUUUUUUUUUCCUUAAUACAUUUCAAUAUUCAGCAUAUGCUCGACUUCAUGAGAGUAAAUAAUGUUUGUCUUACAGAUCCAUUUGAGAGUUUUUCAAGAGACAUAAGAAGCUCAUUCGAUGAUGGCAAGUAUUCGUCUACUCAUAAAAUCCUUACUCUAGUUAUGUUAAUAGCAUGCAAAAGUCACGUUAAAAUAGACUAACUUCGUGUUUCUAUUGGAUGAUUUUGCCAAUCGUUUCUUACAGACCCCGUUCGAGACAGAAAAGACAAGUGGGAGAAAUGGGGCGAUAGGAACGGUAAUGCGCUUUAUACCCGGGGGGGGUACUGCCAUAUAUGGGCUAUAUGGGUAUGUGCCGCUGUGAAGGGUAUGGUUUUCAAGCAGUUUACUCUAGGAUAGGGUAUAUAAAUCAGAGCGUUUAGGUCUAGAAUAGGGUAUCAUUUUUCAGGAAAGUGAUCAGUUGGUUGAAGAUUUUAUCUAGACUAGGGAAACAGCUACUCUAGGAUAGGGGGAUUUUGGGAGUUUACUCUAGUAUAGGGUAGCAAAAUUCAGCUGAACUAGCUCUGGUAUAGGUCAAGGGUUCCAGGGUCCCAGCGGCACAUCCCCACCCAGAAAUUCCUAAAGUGCCCCCCCCCCCCGGGGCUUUAUACUAUUAUAUUAAUAUUAUUAUUCACAUGUAUCGCUCCAUGUAAACAACAAUAUAAAGAAUGGAAACGUAAUCGAAGUGCGGGACUUGGAAGAAUCAGAUUUUGAAAUGGAAGAUUAGGACAAAAAGUUCGUUCAUGCAUCUAUGGGCUGUUGAUAUUAUUCCGGAAUGACUUUCAUUCCGGAAUGAGUUUCGUUCCAGAAUGAAGUUCGUACUGCAUUCAUAUGAUAAACUCGACUGGCGUUCUCGGUCGCGUGGUUUUCGCGCCAGAUCAGAUACGCAUGCGCAACAAGCCCCCAGACUAUACGAUUUGCGAUUUUCAAUCGGAACGAAGUUCGUUUUCAGUUUAUAUGAUACCAGAAAGAAAUUUCGCACCAUUACGAGAAUUUCAUUGGGAAUGAAAACCGGUAUGAAUUCAUUCCGGAAUGGCUUGUACGGGAACAAAAUUUCGUCUCGGAAUAAAAAAAUAUGAUAGAGAGAAAUAUAUUGAGAUGGAAUGAACUCUUUCCGGAAUGAAAGUCAUUCCGUUAUCACGAAAAUAGCUCCUUACUAGUUCACUGAGAUAAUUUACAAAAUGUGGAUUUCGGUUUUCAAGAAAGCCAUAAAGACCCAGCUCCAAGAAACUGUAUUUUUGUUGUCCUACUGUAAGAUACGAAUGAAGCCGGGGGUCGUCAAGGAAGGCUUUUUGUGUAGUAGACAAUUUCUUUCAAAAGUAAACCCUCCAUACAUUAACUUAACUCUCCAUGCGGGAACGUGAUUAUCCGGCAUUUCCAGGACAUUGGCAAGCAUAGCGGAGUCAUCUGUGAGUAACCAUGAUAACAGGAAACGUUUUUUGCAUGGUCCCUUACAACUCACUUGUCACAACACGAGUAUAAGUAAUUGCUGAGUUUGAUUUGAUUUCAGCUCAACCAACUGCUUACUCGUCUUCAUGGAGUAGCCCGAAGCCCAAGGAAACUAAGUCAGGUAACAAAUUAAAAAGGUUUUGAGUAAAUGUGGGAAGUAAUCGUGAUAUCAUGGGCUAGCGAUCAGAUAAUUUGUUUUUUGGGUUAAUUUGCAAUUGCUUAAGUUAUAAUCACUACUGCGACGAUCAUAACUUCAUUUAAAAGUGAAGUGUGCCGCGAAGUCGCGCUAAUUUUCCUACUCACAUCUCUUUGCGCAGUCCCUACAUUCUGAACGCCUGGAACAGGCUAGCCAUGGACUGGCAUUGACUCAUCAAAAUGUCUCUCGUCAUAUCUGAAUUGCUAACAUCCAGGCGUUUUUCCAUGCUUUCCGUCCGCUGCGUGUUUAUAAUUUGUGCUUUCUUCGCGUCAACUUGAAUCCUUUAUUGGUCAAAGUAAUACGGUAAAUUUUAAUUUAAGAAACUUAAUUCAAACAGCUUUAUCUUGCGCCUUAUGUUUUCUUCAUAUAAUCUACCUCCGGCUACUGACGUUUUUCCACGUUAAGCUUAGUGGACGUGUAGUUUUCUUUACAAUAUCCACACCACCAAAAAACCCUAACGUACAAUAUGCAGUUUCAGCAUAAGUUAAAGCUUACUUUAAGUUCAUGUGAACGUUACUCUUUUAGUUAAUUAAUUUCUGUUCCUUUAUUUUAUUUUAUUUUUUUUCAUUUUGUUGAGCCGGUAGGUAUGGUCAAAUUAAACAUGUUUCGUUUUUCAGACAACUAGGACACGAUUCCUACAGCGAUCACGAAAAUGUUCCCACUUAAAUCUUCUGUGAAGCCUCCUCCCGCAAAUAAGCCCCCCCUCUCUUUUAAGCUCCCCCUUCCGUCCCCCUGUUAUUAUUCACUAAUGAAUGAUAGACUGUAUUUUAAAAUCAAUCAAAACUUAAUGUGGACUGAUCUGGGAUAGUUUAUUCACCAACUGGAAGCUACUGGAAGUUCGGAUUUGUUUUUGAUCCUCGGCUGCAUGACCUCCAACUUCUUGUAUUUGCGAUUUUCCACUUUGUAUUCUUAGUUCUUUAUGGAGAACUGAUACCAUCAUCUUUGUUAAAUUAAAUGAGCCCCCCUCUCAAAUAAGCCCCCCGUCUCUAUUAAGCUCCCCCCCAAAUGUGUUUGAAAUAAAUAAGCCCCCCGGGGGGGGCUAAUUAAUAGAGGAUUUACCAUAUAUAUUCUCUCGCCACGAGUUGAUCGGAUGUUUGUACAUCAUAGGAUGCUGGUGUAAUUCUAACCUUAUUUAGUUUUGAAACUGGGAAAAAAUAAAUUACAUCAUUUCUUUUUCUCAGCAGAGAGAUUUACACCGUCAAGCUCAGCCACUUCUUCUCCAAAAGGAUCAUUUUCAAAACAGUCACUGGACACACACAAUAAAUUCCGCUCCAUGCAUGGUGUUCCGCCCUUAAAAUGGGCAGAUGACCUGGCGCGAGAAGCCCAAGGGUGGGCUGAGAAACUGGCACGAGCCCGAACGUUGCAACAUUCAAGUAAGAGUGAGAGAAAAGACGCCGGAGAAAAUAUAGCUAUGUUUACGGGGAAGUUUGAUUCUGCCGGAGAGCAAGCAACUACUAUGUGGUGAGUAUCAGGCGCCGCGGGAAGUUUCAAUUGGUCGAGUACUGUUGUUUUCCUGGUGGGGCCAGUAGCGAGGGGUAAGGAGGGUAAAAACGCUAUCUAUCUUUUAAAAACUAAAACGUGUUUUCGCAUCAUGCAAUGGUCCAGUUGUGUCACUUGUUUACUACGCUUCUCAAAAACACGCGAAUUCUGAAGUUCAAAAGCCAACUGACGUUUGCGUUCUUCGCUGCUGUCAAUCAUCUCAGCGGACCUCUUAGGAAACACACAGAAGUUCACUUCAACGGGUUUAAAAGGUCAUGGUUUGUGAUUUGUGAUUGGUGGAUUUCGAUCUGUUAUGUUUGUUUCUUUGUUUCAGGGUUCGUUGCUUUUGAUCCUAAUUAUGAUUGACGGUAGCGUAAAACGUAGUUGUGAAGGCGGCUUUUGAACUUCAGAGUUCUCACGUUUGUGAAAACCGCAGAAGACUAUAUUGACAUGUAGGCGUGGAUCAAAAUUAAUAUUGUAAUCACAAUUACUAUUGAGCGAUUUAAGAUGCUUUUUUGUGUUUUAUUAGGUACGAAGAGGUCAAAGACUACAAUUUUCGGCGUGGUGGUUGGCAGGGAGGGACUGGACAUUUUACUCAGGUCGUAUGGAAAGGCAGCAAGGAGUUAGGAAUGGGUCGAGCAAAAACUUCGGAUGGAAGUCUCACUUUUGUGGUUGGUCGAUAUCGACCGGCAGGCAAUGUAAUAAAUUAUAUGGCGGAUAAUGUAUUCCCCAAAGGAAGUCGCUGAUACUAGAAUGGAAUCUCAAUUUCUAAUUACGGAGAAUUAUUAUCGAGUGUAUCGGUGUUGUACAUAGUUAGCUCAAAUCAAAAAUUAAUUAAUGUACUCUUUUCUGACGAAGUCACUCAUAGUGGUACAGGUCUGUACCAGUCCAGUUCAACUGGUCAGCGUUUAAAAUUUUGGGUAGGGAGGGGUUGUUUUACCUGUCUGAUGCACUUACCGAAAAGAGCAUUUUCUUUGCUUCAAGUUGCUUUAUGUGCUCCCUAUGUCUUAAGCUACGAGCAAACGGACGCAAUAACUCCCAACAUUGUUGGCCCGAAACGGUUGGGAGUUGAUGGAUGGUGUUAGCAGAUGUGUGCAAACGAAUGCAACAACUCCCAAUAAUGUUGGAACUUGCAGCGCAUUAUGACAUAAUAUUGAUACAUUGAAGUUUUCAAGAGACAGUAUUGUGACACAUUGAUUGACAUAAUAAUUGAUACAUUGAACGAGCUUUUGUUGCAAUACGCUUCGGCAAUCACGGAACAAAAGAAAUGCUGAGAGUUGUUGACUUAAAAGUUUGACCGGUUUCAAACUUUGAGCAACAACUCCCAACAACACGCAUCAAAUGCAACGAAAUGCAACAAACUGACGCAACAUGUAACAUCUAACAACGUUGGCAGUUGCCGACCAACAAUGUUGCAUCUAUUUUGCAGGGGACUUUUUGUGAAUUUUAUCUACGCAGGGGUAGGUGGAGAGGAGGUUUUUGUAACUGAAGAGCUUUUGAACUCAAAGCAAUGAGUAGAGGAAUUGUAGUUGAAUUAUAAUAUCUAUAACGACUGUCAUUAUGACAGUAAUAAUUGGUUUUAAGGUAAUGAGAACAAUAUUAAUCUAGGGUCAUAGGAUAUUAUCAUGUUUGAGCCUUAGACUGCUAAAGAAGUAAGCAACAGAACUAUAACUGAGCUAUGUAAUGGCUUUUUAGAGCAUAUACAAUGGUACUAAUAGACUUGAGUAUAUAGGACAAUAUUUAUCGGGGCUCAUUUUUCUUAGUAUUUUACUUUUUCUUUUGAUUUAAUUUAAGGGGGUCCUUUCUAGUUUUAAAGGAUAUAAACUAGAUAAUAACUAUAGGCAUACCCUACCAUUAUCGGCAUUGUUAGUCACUGCCGAGGCACGAUGAGGAUCCAGUGGACAAUGACUAUUGUAUUUCUUUCAUUCGGAGUCCAAACAACAACUCUUAGACCAAAUAAAUCACUAUUUGAAAUGUU